GGAAGUAGUUUGGAAGUGAAGCGAAACUCAAUGCUAGGGAGUUAAUUGCUUUUAAGUUAGCUGGAUGUUUCGCUGUAUGCAAACAUAACAGUAAUUAUUGUUUAUUUAUUAUUGUCCAUAUAGUCGAUGUCUGAGGACUGAUAAAUUGAAAAGGUACAAUGUAGCGGCUAAAACGACGUCAGUACGAGCUGCCUCACUGCCAAAAAUGACCACACUGUCAACAGCCUCUGAAUAUCCUGGAUCAGCAUGCAGGUUAUUACCGGGGGAUGGGAGUCAGGUUCAGCCCAAAACCCCGCUCCUCCAGAUACUGCGCGUUGCCGGGGCCCAGGAGGAUGUCUUCACGCUGAAAGAGGUGAUGCACUACCUGGGCCAGUACAUCAUGGUGAAGCAGUUGUACGAUAAGCAGCGGCAGCACAUCGUGCACUGCCAGGACGACCCGCUCGGCGAGCUGCUGGAGGUGGAGAGCUUUUCCGUCAAAAACCCCAGCCCUGUGUACGAGAUGCUGCGGAAGAACCUUGUAGCGCUGAAUUGUGCAGACGCUGCAAAGACUCUUUCUGUGGGCAAGGAUUGUAAUGAGCCAGCGAGCGAAGAUCCCGGUCAGACCUCCAGCGGGGAGUGCCGGCUGGACCAGGCCCUGUGUGCCGCGCAGACGACCUCCCACCGGCGGCAGAGGGACCCCGACGACGACUCUCUGGACGGCCUGCCCCGCUCUGCCUGUAAGAGGCCAAAGCUGGAGGUGACCCUGGAUGAGUGGGACCUGUCCGGGCUGCCCUGGUGGUUUCUGGGAAACCUGCGCAGUAACUACGGUCGCCGUAGCAACGGCUCCACAGACAUCCACACCAAUCAACUGUCCCCCGGGCAGGAUGAAGACACGGCCAUCGUGUCGGACACCACGGACGACCUGUGGUUCCUGAACGAGGCGGAGAGCGAGCAGGUGAGCGUGGAAAUGAAGGAGGCCGCUCUGGAGCAGGGGAGCGACGGGGAGCUCCCGCAGGAGGAGGAGGACCCAGCCAAGGCCAGCAAGGAGGACAAGGAGUCCUUCCAGAUGCAGGAUGACCCGGACGAGGACUCUCAGUGUCUGAGCGACGACACGGACACGGAGAUCUCCACACAGGACGCGUGGCAGUGUACGGAGUGCCGUAAGUACAACGCCCCGGUGCAGAGGUACUGCGUGCGGUGCUGGGCCCUGCGGAAGGACUGGUACAAGGACUGCGCCCGCCUGGCGCACUCCAUCUCCGUGCCCGACCUCCCGGGCACCGCUGCCGCCGGGCCCCAGGACCGCGGCCCCGAGGAGCCGGAGGACAGCGGGGUUGACGUGCCCGACUGCCGCCGGACCGUGUCCGACCCGGUCAUCCUGCCGUCGCACUCCACCCGCGACCGGCCGCUCCCCGCCGCGGCCCCCGCGGGCAGGGGGAAGGGACGCCCGCCCGCCCCCGAGCAGGCCAGCUCGGAGGGGGACAGCCAGGACACGCUGGACAUGGAGACGGACUGCCGGCCCGAGGCCCUGCUGGAGCCCUGCCGGCUCUGCCGCGUCCGGCCCCGCAACGGGAACAUCAUCCACGGCCGGACCGCCCACCUGCUCACCUGCUUCUCCUGCGCCCGCAAGCUGCACAAGUUCCACGCCCCCUGCCCCGGCUGCGGACAGAUCAUCCAGAAGGUCAUCAAGACCUUCAUCGCCUGAGCCUCGCCCGGUGCUUCCCCCCCCCCCCCCCCCUUAGGCACCAUGUCCAGAGAAGGUACCCACCUAACUUCAGCUUCGUCAAAUCUUUAAAAAUGCCCUGGUAUUUAUAUAUUUAUUGUGUCUCUUGUUGCUUUGCCUUGACGGACUCCUGUUUGCCAGAGUAACCGGUGAAUGCACCUUUGUGAUCGAAUUCCGUGACAUGCAUCAUUUCAUUAAUGUUGGGUGAGUUUAAAACCGCUCACAGAGGGUGUGAAUCUGACUAAAUGCCUAAGUAGUAACUCAUCAGUGAGUGGCACUGUGCCAAGACUUUAUUUUUUAGGUUUAUUGUAGCAGUCACAGUGAUUACUCUGUUUUUGUUCAUUUGUUUUUUGUUUUAAUGGAGUCCUGUAGUGAGGCUGCUGUGACCUCUAGCUUAAACAUGGAAGUCUUGAAUCAAUAGGUUUAAUUCAAAUUGCCAAACUAAUUUAGGCUUGGUAUUUUGUGUGUAAUUUAACUGAUAAUUCGGUUCAGUUCAUUUUUAGUUCAGUCUUAUUACAGCUAUUCACAAUGACAAUGAAGUCUCAUUUUGUUUUGUCGAUGCCUUUAUAAGUGGACAAAAUGCUGUUAUUGCAUAUAGUCCCAGCUGUUAUGCUGAUAAUGGGCCCUGAGGCGACAUUGGCUCAGGCAGUAAGAGCAGUCGUCUGCCAGUCGGAGGGCUGCCGGUUCGAUCCCCCGCCCGGGCUGUGUCGAAGUGUCCCUGAGCAAGACACCUAACCCCCAUUUGCUCCUGACGAGCUGGUCGGUUCCUUGCAUGGCAGCCAAUUGGCGUUGGUGUGUUGAGUGUGUGUAUGAAUGGGUGAAUGAGAAUCCUCAGUUGUACAGCGCUUUUGAUAAAGGCGCUAUAUAAAUGCCAGCGAACCAAGAAGUGAAAUUCUUAUUUUUUUGUUAUUUGUGCUUAAUGGGGUUUGUUCUGUUUGGAACUGGAGUGUACAGAAAGCAGAAAGGCAGGUAUGAUGAACAUGACUGCGCUCAACGUCUCCGUAAAGUACGGGAGCAUUCGGUCAUCAGCUUGAGAAACGUCAGUGCCUCAGAACGUGCUGGGUGAACAAACAGCGCUUUAAUGUGCUGGAAUCCUCCUGCACUGGUUAGUUAGCCAAUCCCUGGGCUUCUCACUGCUGAGUGACUGUUAGUUAGCCAAUCCCUGGGCUUCUCACUGCUGAGUGACUUAGUUAGCCAAUCCCUGGGCUUCUCACUGCUGAGUGACUGUGGGGUUACAGUGGCUGCAGUGUGCAGAAUUUGGCAGGGGUGAAGACCUUGGAGACACUCGGCUGCAGACAGGUGUCAAACUGUAAGUACCAAUCAGCAGCAGCGAAGGGGGCGGAGCUGGGCAGCGUCAUCCUGUGGCUCGCUGUGAAGGCUCCACCCCCCUUCAAGCCCCCGUCAGUGUCGCCUCGGAGACGACGGCAGUGCAUGCCGGGUAAUCCAUACUAGUUAAGAGACGUGCUGAUCUCCGUUCCCUUCUUAGUACCCGCCCGCUCUGACUACAGCUCGGACCGAGUGAAGGCUCAUGGGAUUGAUGGUCAUGGGAGCAUCAUGGGAUUGUUCUGUUCUUGCUGUAUAAAACUCUCCAACACUUUUUGGCUUAUAAAAGCCCUUUCUCCCCCAGCUCUCUGUUCAAACACGUCUGCGUUUGCUUCGUGCUGUUGAUGGCCAUAGGCUUACAUACUUCAUGUUUUUAUUAUUAUAAAACAUAUUAUUGUUUUCUAAUUGUACAGAGAUUUAUAUCGCCUUCAUCUUUGUAAAAUGUCUGUUAUGGUGCAAGAUGGUGUAAUUGUGUAAUAUUACAGUAAUGUGUUCAGGUAGAAGAUGCAGAAGAAAUAUUUAUUUCUAGAUGCCCUUCAGUUCCUGCGCUAUCCCUGCUGCCUGUUAAUGUAACGGGCUGGAUUUGACUGCAAAACAUCCCCCCCCCCCCCACAGAAAUAUCACAAGCACAAAUGUAGCUGAAAGCUCUGUUCAGUGUGCCGCUCAUCUUAAAGCAGCAGACUUUAUAGGGCGGCCUGUAGCGUAGUGGUUAAGGGGUGAAUGACUGGGACACGCAAGGUCGGUGGUUUUAAUCCCAGUGUAGCCACAAUAAGAUCCGCACAGCCGUUGAGCCCUUGAGCAAGGCCCUUAACCCUGCAUUGCUCCAGGGGAGGAUUGUCUCCUGCUUAGUCUAAUCAACUGUACAACAACUCUGGAUAUGCCAAGUGGCAUUAAUGUAAUGUAAACUAAGUGUGGUGUUAUCUGCGUCACCAUUGCGCGGAUUAAUCUCCUUAAGCAGGUCCUGUAGACCUGAGAGUGUGUGCUUUUCUCUCCAUAAGCUUCUGAGUUUGAUUCAUUGUUUUAAGUGGUUGUAUUGGCUUCUGCAUUGUAAUGAAGAGAAUGUUCUCCUAAGACAGGCACAUGAGAUGUGUGUGAAGCUGUCUGAUUUCAACCCUUUCGAUCACUAACGGGGUCACUUCCCCCCGCCCCCCCCCUGCAAUGACUUUUACAUCCACACACACACACACACCCCCCCCCUUCCCCCCAUCCACAAUGACUAUAUAUAUAUCUCUAAUGUCGACCAUCCCUUGUUAGUUUCAGAACGGGAGAUGGUUAGGUGACCUGUGUUCGUGAGGGGGGGCGACAUGGCUCAGGCAGUAAGAGCAGUUGUCUGGCAGUCGGAGGGUUGCCAGUUCGAUCCCCCGCCCGGGCUGUGUCGAAGUGUCCCUGAGCAAGACACCUAACCCCCAAAUGCUCCUGACGAGCUGGUCGGCGCCUUGUAUGGCAGCCAAUCGCCGUUGGUGUGUGAGUGUGUGUAUGACUGGGUGAAUGAAAAGCAUCAAUUGUACAGCGCUUUGGAUAAAGGCGCUAUAUAAAUGCCGACCAUUUACCAUUUUUCCAUUUACCUCCGCUAAGGACUGUUUAUGCUGUUGUGUGAGGGGUGUGGCCUGGUCUAAAGAUUGUGUUUAUGUUUGCCUGAGCUGCACCGGCUGUGGCCGAUUCUACAGAGUUAGUAUUACACGCGUGUGAGUUCCCCUAUUCCAUUACCUAUUCACUGCCAUUGAGUGUUCCCACAUGCGCAACAACGUUACUGCCAUUACGAAUGAAGUUAUUUUCUCCUUUGCGAUGUUUAGGGGCUGCGUCUGCUUUAGCUCAAAGAGAGCCACUGCUGAACCCCUGUGGAAAUCUAAUAAAUUAAUAUUAAAAACA